CAACGCGUGAGAGGAAGUGACGUAGGGAACAGCGGUCCAGUUUAUGAAAGUACCCGCAAAAAAGCGCGCACUUGCAUUGCGAGCCUCGAACCGGGACGCCGAGCAGUUCAAACGUCCGUGUUUCUUUUAGGGUCUUUGUGCGUCGAUUAAAGCGCUGUUUGAUGAACUUGGAUCCGUGCAAGCGAUUCAAAGCGUUAAACUAGGCCGCGCUCGUGUCGUAACAGGAGUUUUCAAGUUAACUUUGUAUCCCUAUAAGAAAAACGCGAUGUUUGAGGCACGUCUCGUUCAAGGAUCCAUCCUUAAGAAGGUUCUCGAGGCUCUGAAGGACCUCAUCACCGAGGCGUGCUGGGAUGUGAGCUCAUCGGGCAUCUCUCUGCAGAGCAUGGACUCGUCUCACGUGUCUCUGGUGCAGCUCACACUCCGGAGCGAUGGGUUCGACUCUUACCGCUGCGACAGAAACCUCGCCAUGGGUGUCAACUUGAGCAGCAUGUCAAAGAUUCUGAAGUGUGCUGGAAAUGAAGAUAUCAUCACGCUCAGAGCUGAAGACAAUGCAGAUUCUCUGGCACUGGUCUUUGAAACUCUCAAUCAAGAGAAAGUGUCAGAUUAUGAGAUGAAGUUGAUGGACUUGGAUGUGGAGCAGCUUGGGAUUCCAGAGCAGGAAUACAGCUGCGUGGUAAAGAUGCCCUCUGGGGAGUUUGCCAGAAUCUGCAGAGAUCUGUCACAGAUCGGCGACGCUGUCAUGAUCUCCUGCGCCAAGGAUGGCGUGAAGUUCUCUGCCAGCGGAGAGCUGGGCACGGGCAACAUCAAGCUUUCACAGACCAGCAACGUCGACAAGGAGGAUGAAGCGGUGACGAUUGAGAUGAACGAACCAGUGCAGCUCAUUUUUGCCCUGAACUACCUGAACUUCUUUACCAAAGCCACGCCCCUGUCCAAGACGGUCACGCUGAGCAUGUCCGCAGACAUCCCACUCGUGGUUGAAUAUAAAAUUGCAGACAUGGGACACAUCAAAUACUACCUGGCCCCCAAGAUUGACGAAGAGUCCUCAUAAACGGACAUCAUCAGGGUUUUCUUGCGCACACCAGACAUGAUUUGUAUAAAUGUUUUGGGAAAAUGCAUUUUACUCCUCAGUGUCUGCUGUGGUUUCCACGUCAAUGGAUUUCUGUGACCAUCUGAGCCAUGUUGCACGAUUGGCCGAAAGCGUUGGUGCACUUAUGGUAGUUUGCUCGUCAGCUUGACCAGUCACUGUGGGGUGAAUCUGGACAGCUCAUAGAAGCAUGUUUCUUUCUAUCCCCCUCUCUCUUGACUCCAUUCAACUGCUCAUUCCUGCCUGUAGAUAAUUGUCUGUAAAUAUCUUAAUUGGACACCGUUCAUCUGCUACCAUUAAUAAAUCUUUUUUGUAAUGA